GCAAAGUCACGUCGUGGAGGGCGCUAUGGUGCACUGAUGUAUCAGAGUGGCAGGUCAACACACGUUCUCCAGGCGGAUGCUCGGCAGUUGGAAUGGUUCCAUUUCGAGGCAGCAUUUAACUGGCAGACUCACAUGCUCGACCUGUCAGCCAAUGGUAGUUUCUGGCGACUUCCUUUCUCCGCGUAUCCGCUAUCAUCCGUCUACAUUCGCAACGUUCGUGGCGCUGGAACGUCGUCUGCUGCCUCAGACUUUGGAGACAUAGAGGUAGACUACUGUCGGAUGUCAGACCAAUGGGAUAAGUUCAACGAGCUUGGCGAAGUCCUCCCAUACUCGUGCAGCCUGCAGAAGGGAAGAGAGGAAAAGCAGCAGAAACCACCAUCCUCCCGGAGCGAAAAGCAGAAACAAAAGCAGCAGACAGGAAAGCUGCAAAAGCAAACUUCCUCCUUGAGUGCUGAGCAGGAAAGCCACCAGCUUCCUCCAAGGCGCAACGAGGACUACAUCCUCGUGCGCAAGUACGAGCCGGCUCCGCGGACCGCGACGCCGACGGAUGGGGCGCCGGCGCCCGCGAAGCUGAACCUGGGCAACAAGACCGUCUGGCUGCCCACGGCGGACAUCGAGGACAUCAUCGUCGUCGCCCACGCCACGGAGCACAUCGGCGUGCCGCUCAACGGCCUGAAGGACGUCUACGUCAUCGACCGCGUCUCCGGGAGGACCGUGCCCGCGGGCAAAUGGGCCGCGAGGCCCGAGGACGGCGAGCACGGCCGGCUCAUGGGCCGGCCGACGCUGCUGCUCUCGCGCACGUCGAAGGUUUUGCGGUGGCGGUUCUGUCUGCGGUCGCAGGUCUACGCGCUCCUGUCCGGGGACGCCGUGAGCUCGGUCGCCGCGGACAAGACGGGCAUCGGCUACGCGACCAAGAAGCUCGCCAUCGACGUCAUGGACUGGGACAUCAUCAAGCGCCUCGUCGGCUGCGCGGACGACGGCGGCGCGGCCCUCACGCGCUGCGUGGAGUCGAGCGGAGAGAGCAAAAAGUGGUCUCUCCGUCCCGACGACGUCAUGAACGUCCGGCGCGGCGCCUCUACGACGAUCCAGACGAUCAACCUGACGAGCGACGCGCAGCUCGAGGACGUGACCGGAGCCCUGGGCUCGCUCUGGAACGUGGGCGUGAAGGCGAGCCUGCUCGACGGAAGCGAGUCGACGGAGGUCGGAUUCGAGGAUCCCGAACGGGCCGACGACGCGGACGAGACAAUUCCUUUUAGUGUGGUCAGUGACGAAUCUGAAGCAGCAAUGGCAAUAAUGCCCCUUUUUUUCCUUUCCGUUUCCCUGGGCCUUCUUCGUCCUCUCUUUUCUUUUGACGCUUGGGCGCCCGGCACGGGGCCUGUAGGCGGGGGGCAUGCAGAGUUUGGUAUCUUUCAAGUCUAUAUGGCGUUUCACAUCAUGCAUGUUCGGAACACGUAG